GUAUCACAGUAGGGUUCAUGGUGUGUGACGGACGACAGCGACACGUUCAAUUGAAGUGUCCAGCGUAUUAUAUCAACAAACACCAAAUACACAGACAGUCAAAAUGAAUUUAUUCGGAACGUGUAUUAUAAACAAUCGAUAUCAGUUCCAAUCGUGCUUCAUUCAAACGGAACAGUUUUGUGUGUGAUUUGUCUUGUGUUCAAUUUUCGAAAUUCAGCAAAACUGUUCAUAUAAACAAGUGGCCAUAUUUAAUGGUGCUAUUUAAGUAAACAAAAUGAAGAAUUCAAAACGAGCAGCGAACAUGUCGAAACUUGAGAACGCAUUCGAUUGUAGUAGACACUACACACAGUCAGUCACACAGAUACACAACCAACGGAUGAGUUCAAUAUAGUGAAAUACACUGAUUGCUUUGCUGAAGUUUUUGCACCGUUAAAGUAUAUUCACUCAUUGGCCGUCCUGCAUCGUGUCACAACAGAGCAUUUUGUGUGCAUGACUUUUAGUUUGGCUACUUGAUUUGCAUUGAACACACCACUUGGCUCGGACGAAUGUGGAUUAUUUGCAUAACCUAUAACCGGCACCGACGAACGUAUCGAAAUGGAGAAACAACGGGAUAUUUAUCGCCAAUUAAUAUUGACAUUGUUUAAACAGAACUUUGAUUCGGCAUUGUUCCAAGAAAAACGCGAUGAUUUGAUGAAAGAAAGUGACUUUGAAACCAUUCGCGACGAAAUCGAAGAAGAGUAUUUCAUUAAAAACCGUGGCAUUUCACCGUACAUCAAAGCAAUUAAAUAUUUGCGCGCAAAAAUUGAAGCGUGCACUGCGGCUAAAGAAUUGUUUGUUGCCGUUGAGGACUAUAUCAGUGCCAAGGGGAACAUUGUCAUUACGAAAAUCGCAAAAGUUGCCACGAUUGAACCGACAAAAAAAGUGAAGCGCACAAUGGCGCAAUCGAAGGAAAAACCAAUUGAAACAGUGCAAGCACAUGCCGAGUGCAUGUCACCCCAUCCGUGCAAGAAGUGCCGCAUUAUGCAACGAUCAGAAGGAGUCGAGCUAAAGCUGCGAAAGCCACGAAUGCCACGAAAGCCGCGAAAGCAAAACCCGAAGAAGGUCAACCGUGCUGCAAAGAAGAGCGAUAUCAAAACUGAACCGUGCAAGCCACAAUAUUCCGAUAUUUCCGAUUCAGAAACAACAACGACCGAAUCGUCAUUCAACAGCACCGAGUCGAUGCCAGCAGUGGCUGUGGUAAAAAAUGAGGAAAGACCAGUCAGUUAUCAGUUGCCAUACCAUGACCAUCAAUAUUCUCGUAUUUCAUUCUACGGUUCGGGAAUGGUUGAAGAUUCAGCAAAAGUCGAUGAAACGAAGCCAGUGAAAAGUGAAGAAACGGUGAGCACAAACACACAAACGAUGCCUAAGGCAAACAAACACACCAUCAAAAGUCUGUUGAAGAAGACAAUGCCGGUGCCAAAUUUACUGCCAACCAUUCCGCAUCGAUUCAAACAAAACAAUGGCUUACGGCAACCAUCACCGGUUUGCUUCAUGCAACAUACGAUUUCGAGCACAUCAACAAUUACCACCGUUCAGGCGCCAACUGUUAUUCGACCGAUUCCACGACCAAUUCCGCCACGACCAAGUCCCAGCGUUUUUGUCUCUGCACCGAUGCCAAUAAGCUUCAACGCACCCGUUGCCAUGCUUCAUCACCACCACCAAGGACCUGUGAUCCGGCAUCCAGUCUACUUCAUUCGUUUCUGCGAACCACCAACACACCAAUUCUAUCCGAACAAUCUCUUGUAGAAAUGGUCAACAUUUUUAUUUUUAAACAAGCAUUUCAUUCUUACAAUCUUACAUAUCAUCAUCGAUUUUAACAUUCAUUUGGAAUUAACUUUUUUUUACUUAUACGGUAUAACAUUUUAGACUAAGAUGAAUUUUCCAACUAUUUUUAGCUUUUUAAAAAAAAUCGAAUUUGCACCCAAAAAUGUACGACCAAAAAGUAAUAGGUAGAUAAUGUUAUUGGGUUUUUUCUCUUUUUAAACUUGUUUUCUACCUAAUUUUAGAAAGUAAACAUAAAUCAUGCUUUAAAAAACAAUUUAUGGCAAGAAUAAAAUCAGUAAGUUACAAAGCGAAGCGAUUUGUAAGCCCAACGAAUUUUCAAAUGUGUAAGCAAUGACAUGUUUUCAAUAAAAUACGUUUCCAUAGGAAUAGAAGCA